CUAAUCAGAGUAGUACAUCAUUCUCAACAUUUUACGAGGUAUAUCAGACAGCGAAGCCUCGCUUUCCUUAAGUGUUUCAGUGGCAGCAGGCUGGUUCUCACUUACAGUCACUUCUGUAGCCUCUUCUUCACGUCGGCAGGACUCCUCAAUAUAGCAUGAGCGACAUAAUGCUCGAUACGUAUCCUCCCCACCGAUUACUUCCACCUUUUUGUCUAGGGUAUUCCGGAACGAGUAACUGGCAUCCGAACCACAUCCUACACAUACGGCGACGACCUGCUUGAUUUCAUCGGCGUAUGGCAGAAGUAAAGACACUUGAGGAAAUGGCUUUCUUUCAAAGGUACCGCUCAGAGCUGCUACGUAUACCACUUUCCCCAUACAGGCUAA